AUAAGGAUUUUACUUCAUUUUAAGAGUUCUUACUUUUUACAUUUUUCAGUUUCCUAUAGAGCAAUGUCAUCGCCAGCACCGGCACCGGCACCGGCAGCGUUACCACCAACGAUCAAUGCUAUAUCGCCAUCACCACAACCAUCGACCUCCGCAGCUCCGCCUCCAACUAUCACUCCCUCCAAAACGCCACUCACCCCAUAUCCACAGCCUCCAGUAGUAACCCCUUCUGCUGCUCCGUCUUCAACCACUGCUCCUCCUCCCUUCGCGUCAUCUCCUUCGCCGUCAUUCCCCACUACCCUUCAGUCACCAGUCACCACUUUCCCCCCGCUAUUGUCCACCAACCCUUCCUCUCCGCUUCCAUUCACCACCUUUCCUUCACCAUCAUCCACCACCAACCCUUCUCUUUCGCCACCAGCCAUCACUUAUCCUCUGCCACCAUCCUCCAAUAUUAUUUACCCUCCACACCCUUCUACGCGGCAACCAACCCCGAGAAGUUCUUCCAACACUCCAUUGCAACCACCACCACCACCGCCUACAUGGACUUCAACGACUGCAUAUCCUCUGCCGCCGCCAUCUCAUUCCAGAGGUGGAGUGCCGACGAUGCUGGUACUGGGGAUAGCAAUAGGGGGGAUAGCCAUAUUAUUGGUUUUGAGUUUGUUAUUUACACUUAUAUCUUCUCAAAAGAGAAAAAGAACAAGAACAAGAAGAGAUGAAGAAAGUUACUACACACCUCCUCCAUCUCCUAGGCCCAAAGGUUAA